GGGGAUUGAGUGCAAUAUUAAAGAAACCACCACGCUCCUCAUUACUAGAUGGCACCCCCUUAAUUUAAAUGUAUUUUCAAAAAAAGAAGAGGAAGCAGCGCCUACCCAAAGAUUUCGCCGGGCGUCUCUUCAAUCUGUUAUUCGGCUUGGGAUUCUCAUUUUUGAAUUUAGGUUAUGGCGGUGUUUUGAUUUCGUUUAGCGUUUUCUGAAAAAUGAUGAAGUCCCAGGGAGAAUACAAAUUAAAAUCGACACCCGAAGACGCGAUAUCUUCGGUAAAGUUUGGCCCCAACACAAAUCAGUUUUUGCUGGUGAGCUCGUGGGACAGUUCUGUCAGGCUUUACGAUAUCGGCGCCAACAGUUUGAGACACAAGUACAUCCACGAUAAUGCGGUGUUGGACUGCUGUUUCACGGACGCAGUUCACGCAUUCAGCGGGGGCCUCGACAACGCGCUUAAGUCAUUCGACUUUAAUGCCGCCUCCGAAACAUUAGUGGGAAGCCACAACAAUGCUAUAAAGUGUGUUGAACAUUGUCCUGAAUUGAACUGCAUUUUGACCGGCAGUUGGGACCACCACGUUAAACUUUGGGACAAUAGGACGUCCGCUUGCGCGGGCAACUACAACCAAAGCGACAAGGUAUUUUCUAUGAGUGUGUGUGGUGAAAAACUGCUGGUAGCCACGGCCGGGCGUAAAGUCUUAGUGUGGGAUAUACGCAACAUGAGUUAUGCCCUGCAAAAACGCGAAACUAGUCUCAAGUAUCAGACCAGAUGUAUCAGGGCGUUUCCCAACAAACAGGGGUUUGUCUUAAGUAGUAUUGAGGGCAGGGUCGCUGUUGAAUAUUUGGACACUAGUCCAGAAGUGCAAAAGAAGAAAUAUGCAUUCAAGUGCCACAGGAUUAAAGAAGAUGGGUUGGAAAAGAUAUUUCCCGUUAAUGCUAUCAGUUUUCAUCCCAUUCACAAUACAUUCGCAACGGGCGGCUCCGACGGUUUCGUGAAUGUGUGGGAUGGGUUUAACAAGAAACGAUUAUGUCAGUUUCAUCAAUAUCACACCUCAGUUACAUCUCUUAGUUUUAGUCAUAAUGGCUCCAUUUUGGCCAUAGCGUGUUCAUAUUUUCUUGAAGAAGACAAUCCCCCAAAUCCCCUGCCUGAGGAUAUCAUUUACAUAAGGACGGUCACAGACCAGGAAACGAAACCUAAAUAUAGCUCUACCUCCUAA